AUGGUGGCGGUUGGGGACUGCAUGUCGCACGUGGCGACAGUUCUGGAGCAGCUGCAUGAAGGCUUGGUGGCGCGGAACUCUGUUCUCCGCGAUCCUCAGCUGACGGAGCCCCAGCAGGGAGUUGUGCGGGCGGCCGCGGCGCAGGGUCUCUGGCGUCUUCUCCGCUUGCCCCUGGAGUCCGAGUUCCCCCAUCAGGACGAAGGGCCUGGCGCGCAGGCCUUCCGACAGGUUGCCAAGGCUGCCGAGGAGUCCCCCCUUCAGCUCGUGCCCGUGCUCGCAGAUCUCUUGCGCUGGCUCCGCCAGCGUUUCUACGUGUUGAACCGCGUGUAG